UCACCAAGCAGCCGAAGCAAAAGCUAAUGGUUAAUGUUAACCCUAUUAAAAUUUUGUUAAAUUCUAAAUCAGUUUUUGAACUUAGUUUCCGUGCAUUUUCCAGUGAAGUUUUCGUAACAAAUAAAACAUAUUAACAAACUGACAUUUGUGUGCCAAGCAAAUUGAAACCCCGUUUUUAUCUGUGCAUUUGCAUUAAAGAGACCUGGCCACCACAAUGAUGACAAACAGAUUCGCUUGCUUUGCUGUGGCCCUUCUGGUCGUGUGUCUGUUGGCCAUCUCGAGCACCGAGGCAGCACCAAUGCCCAGGUACCAGAGCAAUGGAGGCGGAGGCUAUGGCGGUGCUGGCUACAACGAACUGGAGGAGGUGCCCGAUGACCUACUGAUGGAACUGAUGACACGCUUUGGACGCACCAUCAUACGCGCCCGCAACGACCUGGAAAACUCGAAGCGAACUGUGGACUUUGGCUUGGCUCGUGGCUAUUCGGGCACACAGGAGGCGAAACAUCGCAUGGGUCUUGCUGCGGCCAAUUUUGCCGGCGGCCCUGGACGAAGGAGGCGCUCCGAGACUGAUGUCUAAAUCAACAGAAAAUAUCUACGAAUAUCCGAAUUCUGUGAACAUAGCGAGGUCGAGUUAUCCCAAACUUUUUCAGCUCACAAUUCUCUCAACAUUCUUCAGGUCUUCUUCGAUUAUGGAUUUGAUUUGUUUUGUUUUGUUAUGCAUUGUACAUACAUAAAAGAAAAUAUAUAAAUUUAUUGUGGAUUAUGCAGGUAUUGCUGCAUAAUAUUAAUUAAUAGUUACACAAUAUCGGAAGCUAUAUAUACACACUAUAUUACACCUGAAACAACCAAAUAAAAACGUUAAACUGUUGCUCCAAAAAAAAGUUGAAUCAAAAAUCUAAGUUUAUAAAAAGUGUUUCCUCUCUCACCAUAAAAUUCUCUUCCUCUCUCUACCUUAGACUCAGUCUCAAGUUAUUGGCUAAAUAUUUACGACAAAAAAUACGUUAAAAAAUAUUUAUGUAUUAAAAAAAAGGUAGAAAAAAGUAAAUAACUCAAAAAUAAGAUUUGUAUUCGCGCAAAAAAUCUUUAACUAGGUAUGUCUUACAUAACACACACAUGACAAAAAAUAUGAAACGCACACAAAGACAUUU